UAAUUAUGGAUAUCAGACCAAAUAAUACAAUUUACAUAAAUAAUUUAAAUGAGAAGAUAAAGAAAGAAGAAUUAAGGAAAUCUUUAUAUGCUAUAUUUUCUCAAUUUGGACAGAUAUUAGAUAUUGUAGCACUAAAAACUUUAAAAAUGCGUGGUCAGGCAUUUGUAAUUUUUAAAGAAAUAGCAAGUGCGACGAAUGCUUUAAGAUCUAUGCAAGGGUUUCCUUUUUAUGAUAAACCAAUGAGGAUACAGUAUGCAAAGACAGAUAGUGACUUAAUUGCUAAAAUGAAAGGUACUUUCGCAGAACGUCCUAAAAAACCAAAACGUGUACUACCAGCUGCGGAUGAGGAAGCAAAACGUGCAAAGAAACGUGCUAAAGAACAAGCGAAACAUUCACAGCAGAUUGGAUAUCAUCCUGGAGUACCACAACAUCCAGGAUUAGUUAAUACAGCCGUACCUGAACAACCACCGAAUCAAAUUUUGUUCCUUACAAAUCUUCCUGACGAAACUAGUGAAAUGAUGUUAUCUAUGCUUUUCAAUCAAUUUCCUGGUUUUAAAGAAGUUCGCUUAGUGCCAAAUCGGCAUGAUAUUGCUUUCGUAGAGUUUGAAAAUGAGGUUCAAUCGGGUGCUGCCAAAGAUGCACUUCAAGGAUUUAAAAUUACACCUUCGCAUGCGAUGAAAAUAUCUUUUGCUAAGAAAUAAUUACAAGGACUUUAAUCUUAAAAUAAUUGAUAAAAAUAAAAAACACGUGUAAACAUUAAAUAUAGGAAUAAUGAAAAAAUUAUCAAACUGGAUAUGUAGUUAUAUUUCAGUAAUUUUUAUACAAUACAGUUUCUUGAACAUAAGAA